AUGGCGAAGGCCUCCCGUGGACUCGACCCUACUCGGUCCCGCUGCCAGGUCCCGCGAGCCUAUCAUCCUCCAGCCCUUUGUCGUCCUUGCCUCUGCCUACGGCACUGGCGUCGAGCCCGAAAUCACCGAUCCCGAGAACUGGCGCCCGUCCAGGUCUACCAAUACUACCACGACCUGGUCAACGCCGACUACGAGGGUCACUUUGCCCUGGUGCACUCUCGUUUCUCCACCAACACGUUCCCCUCGUGGGAUCGUGCCCAGCCUCUUCGAUGGGCCGCCCACAAUGGUGAAAUCAACACCCUUCGUGGCAACAAGAACUGGAUGAGGGCUCGUGAGGGCGUCAUGCAGUCCGAUGUCUUCAAGGACGAGCUCGAGAAGCUGUACCCCAUUGUUGAGGACGGCGGUUCCGACUCGGCAGCCUUUGACAACGUCCUCGAGCUGCUGACCAUCAACGGCGUGCUGUCGCUGCCCGAGGCCGUCAUGCUGAUGGUCCCCGAGGCUUGGCAGGGCAACACGCAGAUGGACGCCACCAAGGCCGCGUUCUACGAGUGGGCUGCGUGUCAGAUGGAGCCCUGGGACGGUCCCGCUCUGUUCACCUUUGCCGACGGUCGUUUCUGCGGUGCCAACCUCGACCGUAACGGUCUUCGCCCUUGCCGUUUCUACGUCAUGGAUGACGACCGCAUCAUUUGCGCGUCUGAGGUCGGUACCAUUCCCGUCGAGCCUGAGACCGUCAUCCAGAAGGGCCGUCUCCAGCCUGGUAAGAUGCUGCUCGUCGACACCGUCGCUGGCCGCAUCAUCGAUGACAAGGAGCUCAAGGAGGCUGUUUCCAGCCGUCACGACUUCCGUGAGCCUCCUGCUGGCUCCCAUGGCCUCCGAUGA